UAAUCUUUCCACCAGAUUCACAGGAGGCAGGCUGGUUUCAGAUCAACAAUACGUACACGACAUCGGCAACAAUCCCCGUUUAUGCACGUGAUGGUGACGCACGGUACCAAUGUGAGGCCUACGGUAGCGCUCUCGGGGAUAAAAGUGGUAGUCACAUGAUCGCCAAUAUUGUCAUUCAGAGCCCCCCAUCACCCCGACCAGGCACCAUCACCUCUUCGACUGAAAAAGUGAUGGCAUCAACUACUGACGUCCCUUACAUGCCAUCAGGUGGUCUGAUAGCUGCAUUAGUUGUUGGUUUGGUGGUUGUUUUGGCAUUAGUGAUUGUCCGGAGCCUUCUGAUUUUGAACAAGGUACUGAAAAGACGAGCAGACAACGGAAGGCAAAGAGACCCAGAAAGGAUACCUCUGAAAGAUAACGUGACUAUGCAGACAUGUAAAGAUAAACUGAAAGCUGUUUAUAUGGCAAGGAUGCAGAGAAUCUCAACAGGCCUGGCAGAGGAGAAUCAAGCUGAAGCAAGGCACACAGAUGAUAUAUUCACCGACCUUGAACUCCAGGACAGAAAUAACACAGUUACCAUUGAGUCUCAUGAGCAGAUGAUUGGCUUGCUUGGGGGACAAAAUAAUCGUUUUGUUCUAAAAGGAGCAGCUGGGUGUGGGAAAACCACCCUAGUCAGGCGAUUCGGUUAUGACUGGGGCAACAAUUCAGAAUACAUGGGAAGAUUUGACUUUGUGUUUGUCUUAAAAAUGAAAGAGAUGAAGAAGAACUAUGGGUUAUUGAGUGCUAUUUUGACGCAGAAUUUCACCAAGGAUCAGCAGGUGAGCAAGGAUGAUCUCCUGUCUAGUAUUCGCUCAUCAGCCAGUAAUGUUUUGAUCAUUCUUGAUGGACUGGAUGAAGUCAACUGGGAGGUGUUUAACAGUCCGGCACCACCAAGAGACAUUUCGGUGAAAGACAUUUUGACCGUGAAUGCCCUUCCUGAAAGCUAUGUUAUUGUGACAACACGCCCCCACAUGAUGCAUAAGCUGAACAAAUUGAGCAAGGAUCCCGUGUACAAUGUAAUUGAAGCAACUGGUUUCAGCCAGCAGAAAAGAAAUGAGUACAUCGAAAGAUGGUUCAGAUUCGACAAGGAUAAAACCAAGAAGCUGAUUCAUGAGAUUGAGACAUCAGCAUUUCUGGAGAUUUUGGCAAAGACUCCCAUCAUGCUGAAGUUGCUCUGUUACAUAAGGAAGCAUCAAGGAGAAGAUAAAGAUUUGCCAGCCAGAAUCACUGAGUUGUACCAGAGGGUCAUAGAUGUUCUCUUGAAACACCAGGUCAGGAAGCACAACAGUUCACUUGAUGCAAAGAGACUGAAAAAAGUCUUUAUAGCGCUUGGAAAAGUUGCCUUUGAAGGUCUUAUGGAUUCCAAGGAUGGCACACUUGUUUUUGCCCGCAACAAAUUUCCCAAGAGGUCAUUAGUUGACGGGUUGAAGUUGGGACUUUUCUUGGAGGAGCCAGACUCUCAUGAUCACACGGUUACAUUUGUUCACAAAACCGUCCAGGAGUACUUUGCGGCUUUCUACGUUGUACAGAAAACAGAUUUGUUUAUUCAGCAAAAGUUGUUGUCAAAAGUAACAAUCGACACUGUCCAAGAAGUUGAGUACAUUCUACUGUUCUCCUGUGGCAUGAACACAAAGGCAGCAAGGCUAAUCUUCCAGCAUAUCAGUGGCAUUCAAGAUAACUUGAUAUCAGAUGCAUUUCUAUGGGUACAACGAUUUACUCUCAUGCUGUACUACGAAUCCCAGUCAGAUAGUCUCAAAGCAGGGGUUGGAUCCUGGUUGUCCCUUAGGUACAAAGAGGAAUUUACGGCUUUUCAGCACUACAUAGAAAACGUAACGCAGAGUGCUUCUCAUGAAGUCCAACUGCAGAGGUUGGAUAUUUAUCUGCAUUUCGUCAAAGAUUACUCACUGAUUCACAACAUUCUUCAACGUGUAGACGUUGUCAAACUCUACAUUGGUGUCUUACUGUCUAACAAGUUGAGGGAAAAGCUGGAGCAACUUGACGAGACAAUAUCAAGACUCACUGUGAAGCCUGGGGAGACAAUACUUUGCAUUGAUCAGAGAGAGCAAGGAAGAUGUGAUGAAGCUGCAUCAGCUGAACUCCAAGAUCGAGGAAUGACAGCAAUCGCGGCGCUUGUACCCUUUUGCAAGACCAAGGGUCAUGGAUUUGGCCUGCGCAUUGAAUGUGAUAUCAUCAGGUCACAGAAAGCCUUCUCAGACAUUGCUUCAAGUCUUGCAGAGAGCCAGGGGGUGUAUUUUAGUGUGCUGAGCAACAGGGUAAGUGGGUACAUGAAGAGCCUAGAACCGCUCAUCCCCUUUUUGAAAUAUCUAGAGUUCUAUGACUGUGGCCUCAGUGAAGUGGAUCUGAAAUCACUGGCACAGUUGCUGCCAAAUGCUAAAAUGUUGUGUGAACUUCACAUAUCAGGAGGUAGCUUCAGUGUGCAAGCUGCAAGUUUCCUCCUUGAAGCGCUGGCCAAACAUGUACGAUGCCCUAAAAUGGUGUUGGAAUUGGGCGAGAGUGAGUUAACAUCUAAUGAAAGCAUUGAAACAGUGAUGAGAGAGAUCUUUUCGAAGGUGGAAACAGUUCAAGGAAAUGUCAAGAAUCAGUUUUAUCUGCACAAAUAGAUGAGAUGUACCCAAGUAGCUGAUUUGUCAAUAUUUCUGUCAUCUCAGAGUGCCCUUUUCAUUAGAGUUGAAAGAUUUGAGUAUUGAAAAAAAUUCCUUUGACUGAUCUGAGCUCUGUAAAUGAGGUCACUGAGCGGGAGAUUCAUUGUUUCAUGUAAAAUUAAUGCUAACAAACAACCUCUAUGACAUGUACGCUGCAGAUCCCUUGCUUGCUGUUUAAAUCUGGGAGCUGAGAACAAGAAGGGAAAGCAGCUCAGACUGUCGCUGCUGUUCUGUUUCACAAAAAUAAACAUUUCUUUAUUUUUCGUAACUGAAUUUCAUUUAGAUUUCCACAGAGUUGGGGAAGAUUAUCCUUUCACUCACUUUGACUUGGAGACCUCUAAAACCUCACGGUUAGGGUAAGAUGUCUCACACAAAAGAUUAGUCUCAGAGCUCAUCUCUAAUAUCUGAUUGAAGUGCCAAUAUAAAUAUACUUGAAAACUUUACUAGAUGCCUGGAAAUCACAGAUGUUAAAUGUAAAAUUUAUAGAAAGUAGUGACCAAAUUUUGAAAUUUUUUUCUAAGUGCAGGCGCGCUUUUCAGACUUUACAACACCUGCGGUGGAACGAUUUUUAAAGUGCGCGGGGGGGGGGCAGUUGUCAGACCAUCAAGCAUCAGCCAAUUAGGGCUCGAUCCAUUGAGCCCCACCCAAAUAUAGGACCUGCAAAAAGUGGGGUUGGGCAGGCUUCCCCAGUUGAAAUAGUGGGUUGGCCACUGGCCCCAGCUCCUCGCCAGAGCUUUACAAACAUCUCAGUUCUUUAAGUUACACUUGAAAUAUUACUUCAAGUCAUUUAUAUUGGUGCCAAUCAUUUAAAUAUGGUCUCAGUACAGCACUUUGGCUCAAGAAAGUGAGACAAAUUAAUUUGCAAAAUAUCCCCUCCAGAUUUAAAUUCAUUCUCACGUCGCCAUCAGUCAACACAACACAUUCAAUACAUUUCAGUUCCUAGACGUGAGGUCUGGAAAAUGUUUAUCUUAUCGCCAUAUACUGCCAAUCUGACCAUAAAGCAAGUGAUUUUGACUGACCAAUAACCACUGGUAUUAAUGGGUGUUUUUUCCUUAAUUAAAUUGGGCAUGACAAGAUCAAGCCGUAUAGUAACAUGCAACUCUAUCUCCUAAUAAAAGCAUCCAUGUGAGAAAUAUGAGUGUAUAAUGGUACCGAAGAAAGGAGGGAAAUUUUUCUGUUUCCAUCAUGUUGCCGAUACAUGUAUAUGUUAUUGCUCGACUUAGUCUAAAUUGUCGGUACAAAGUGUGAAAUAAAAAAAGUUGGGAACUGUGAUCAGCUGCUUCAACUUGUAACGGUUUAUUAAUUGUGUAAUCGAAGCACAUUAUACAAUGAGACUUCACACUGACAGCAAAUGUUAAAGUCAGUGUUGAUGUACGUCGGUCAUCUAGCAAAAGAAUCUUCUCGCCACAUACCAUGAGAUGUUGAUGAGGUCCUUUUUGGCCAGUUUUCUGUGUAAAAAAAUCUCUGGUUGCCGAAAAUAGCUUGUUGAUUAAAGUAAUUUGCCUGUCAUGUGAUGUACAACCUAUUGACGUUUGUUCUGCUACAUCUAACACACGUCAAUACUCGUAUGUAAGUUGUUUUUACAGAAUAAAAUGCUUGUUUUAAUUCAGUAAACAGUGCAGUGAAAGGGUUGCAGAUUGUAGAAUCAGUGUUUGAGCUGUUCAUGUUUUCUUUAGAUGUGUUUUUUCAUUUAGAUUUCAAGUUAAUUUGAAUUGUGACUUGGAAAUGUUAUUGCAGAUGCUGUUCUCCGAACCAUUCCGGCCAGCAGUGGCGUAUCUGGAGGCAUUUUAGUAUAAAUUGAAUGCAUCGGCUCCCUAGAACUAGUAUUGCCCUUGAGCCGGGUGGGUUCUUUUAUGGACAAAAAAGAACAACCCAGUCAGAAAAAAAUUAUACUCAUUUUGCUCACCCUCCUAUAGACUCAGAACCUGGAUUCGUCACUGCUUUCCUGUCCAUUUACAAUGCAGAAAGGGCUGGCUAUGUGCAAUGUAAAAUGAUAUACAUGUACAUAUACUUUCGUAUAUAAAUUGGCCAACUAAUUUGCACGUGAUUUGCAUGUACGUUUCAUCCUCGAAUUACCAUCAGGGACAAGUACAGUUUCCUUUUUUAAACUCAUGCUAAGGCUACCAUUAUUAUGUACUAAAUGUUUCAUUUUUUUAUUUAAAACUUUAAAAUCUUAUGUGUAAUGGGUACAUGUUUAUUUUAUUGCAGUUUGUGUUUACACUACACAAAAAAUGCAUCGGGUGUAGAACUGUUGUUUGCUAGGGAUAAAAACAAUGGCUUUACCAUUUUAAGACGAAUAGCCCAUCUCAUCUCUCAGAAAGCAUUCCUCACCUGGACUAAGAAAAAUACUUAGAAGCUGCACUCAGCAAUUCAUUUAUUAAAAUUCACAGAAAUAUCAUUCGAUGUUUAGACCUCAUGGCCCUUGUUCGAUUUGUUAAAAAUUUACUGCAAUUGGAUGUGCUUUACACUAUUUGUUAAAUCAACUGCAAUUGGAUGUGCUUUACACUAUUUGUUAAAUCAACUGCAAUUGGAUGUGCUUUACACUAUUUGUUAAAUCAACUGCAAUUGGAUGUGCUUUACACUGUUUGUUCCUGUUAACAAAAUAAAAGACGCGAAAGCAAAGAGUGAA